AUGUGCGACUGCUGCUCUUUCGGCCCCACAACGGAGUCUGACGCGGAUCAGCUCGUCAUCGACAAAAUGAUACCCUCUGGCCCGAAGAAGCUUCAGCCAGCACUUCCUGCGAAUGAAGUUCAAGAAAUCCCUCCUCCUGAUGAUUUGAAGGCGAAGAUAACUUUUGCUCCCUCAAUUGAUUUGUUCUUCGAUCCAAAGGAAGAGACGGUUGUGCUUCUUAUGGAUUUGCCUGGGGCUUCUAAAGAUGAUAUCUGUAUUGAAGUAGGCGAUGGAGUGCUGUCUAUAGGGGGUCCCCGUUCAAAGAGUGAAUUAAAGGAGAAAUUUGGCUCUCAACUUCGUCUUAUUGCUCAUGAAAGACCCACAGGAUAUUACUGCAGAAGAUUUCAGCUUCCUUCCAAUGCCCUUGAAGAUACCAUGACAGCGCAGUUCAACGCCGGUGUAUUGGAAGUGAAAUUCAAAUGCAUUCAGCAUCAAGAGAAACGCCGCAUUGAUAUUGGAGCUCCAGCAGCUGAGAAGGCUGAUAAAAAGGCAGAAAAAACAAGAUAA